GCUUUGCAACACUUCCUGCCUUUCCAGACUCCCUCAGCUCUCUGCCCAGGUGUCUCCAGAUGGACACCUGCUGCUCAGCCUCAAAGAAAGAGACAGGACGGUGUGGGCCAGGAGUGUAAUAAAUAUUUUAGGGCCAGAUAUCCAUGCAAAAAGCAUCGGUAAAAUCCAUCUGGUCCAGUUUGACCCUGAAGGAGUGUUUGGUUGGAUUCCCACACAGAAACAGCUCAUCAGUCAGUUUCUGUCAGAAUCAAUAGAGCUCCUAAAUACAAAACCCAGACAGAGGAGAGACACAGAAGAUGAUGAGGAUGCUGACCUGGCUGUCCUUCCUCGUAUCCCUAACCCCAUCGCUUGUCUGUCCUCUGGUGACAUGAUCAUUUUCCAUCUCGCCAUCAACCACACGGACCGCCGUCUCAGCCACUUCCCAGUGUACCAGAAAGACCACCUGUUUAACAGUAACCCAGGCUGGGACUUUGGAGCCUUCAGACAUCUGCAGAUACUCAUGAAGCAGACAAACUUGAACUCUACAAGGUUUGCCCAUGUGUUUUCAGAAACAGGGAAGUACGUCUUUGUUGACAGUGCUGUCCCAGAGUGGAGUAUGGUGGUGGUGGUCAGUGAUGAGGGGACAGAGUGUGACCCUCGGGCUGCUGUGUUCCAGCCCAUGACCCCUGCACAGCUGGUCAAGUAUGGGAUUGUCAAGCAGCACAGACUCAACCUUCUACCUGACUGGGGAGUGAUAGCAGGGAUCCUGAGUCUGCUCCUGGUUGUGGUUGUGGUUUUGACGACCACAGUGUUAGUUCUGCGACCAGGCAAAGCAAAACUUGUCUCCCAGUGGAGGACGAAGCCAAAGUGGCGCAGCCUUGGGGAGCCCUUCUGUCCAGUGGAUUGUGUCUGCAGUGGAGACAGCAUAGCUGUCCCAAGCCUGGGUGGCUUCCUCGGCAGUAGGGGUGUAGGGGAGGGUGCAGAAGCUGAGGAGCCCGCUGUUUCAAAAGGAGGAAGUGUGUCAGGGUGCUGUGAUUUGGAGGAGUUAAACGUGAAGACUCUGUACGACAAACUAGAGGAUCAGAAUCUGCACAUUGCCUCGCAACUGGCCCGACACCGCAAAGACACACAGGAGUUUUAUAGAAACAUUUGUCAACAGACUGAAACACUCAAAAAUGUCUUUGACAGUAUGGAUCAUAAAAAACUGAGUCUUCUUAAGGAGCUGCUAGUCCAUAAUGCAAUGAGGGAUAAACCAUCUAACUACAGUGCAGGAGAGAGAGAUACACACGUCCAUCUACAGAGCACAGCUCCUUGUCUCAGUGACCACGACCUGUCAAAGCUGGUCAGCAUAUCUCCUCUAUUCAAGACCCUGCAGGAGAUCCAACAGUCUUUACAGAGCCUCACCACAGCAGAGUCCAAUCAGCUGCUCCACAAUGGUACAGAAAAUAAGUACAAAAGCCUCAAAUGA